CGAAUGGUGCGGUGUGGUACAGCUUUCCUCAAGAGAAGGGUGAUAAAUCUUCGCUUCAGCGAAGGGUGCGGUGCGGUAUAGCUUUCCUCAAGGGAAGGGUGAUAAAUCUUCGCUUUAGCGAAGGGUGGGGUGCGGUGCGGUAUAGCUUUCCUCAAGAGAAGAGUGAUAAAUCUUUGCUUCAGCGAAGGGUGCGAUGCGAUACAGCUUUCCUUAAGGAAAGGGUGAUAAAUCUUCGUUUCAGCGAAGAGUGCGGUACGGUAUAG